CCCGUAGUUAGCAUUACCCGAGUUGAGGCCUUUAGCUCUGCCCACCGCUUGUGGAGUUCUGAGCUGUCCGCCGAGGAGAACGCCAACGUAUUUGGCAAAUGCACCAACAAGCAUGGCCACAACUACAAAGUUGAGGUCACCAUCCGAGGUCCCGUGGACCCGAUAACGGGCAUGGUCAUGAAUCUCGUCGACCUCAAAAAGUACAUGCAUCGCGCUGUUAUGGACACCAUGGACCACAAAGAUCUGGACGAGGAUGUAGAAUACUUCAAGACACGACCCAGCACGGCAGAGAACGUGGCCGUGUUCAUUUGGGAGCAGAUGGUGGCUCAACUGCCCGACUCCAGUCUGCUCCAUGAGGUCAAGCUCUACGAGACCCCGAAGAACAUUGUGCUCUACCACGGUCAAUAA